AUUUCUCCUCUCUGUCUCUCCCGCCUCCAUUACUGAUAAAGCCGGAAAAAAAACCCUAAACCCUAGUUUCCAAACCCAUAUGGGCCGUCGAAAGAACAACGCCAACAACAACAGCUCCGCGAGCUUCCCAACAUCCCAGCAGCCUCAGGGCUCAAAGAUCCGUUUCCAGGACGCAGAGGAGGUAGAGCCGGCCAUGGACAGUUCUAAUCUCGACGUCUCUAAUACUGUUCCCAGCGACAAAGCCAUUGCCAUGGAUGAUGACUCCAUGUCCGAAGCUGACGCUACUUUUACCGGUCCCAAUCACGGCGACGACGACGACCAAACCAGCGCCGAUUACUACUUUGAUUCUUACUCUCACUUUGGCAUUCACGAAGAAAUGCUGAAGGAUGUGGUGAGGACUAAGACAUACCAAAAUGUCAUUUAUCAGAAUAAGUUUCUCUUCAAGAACAAAGUAGUGCUUGAUGUUGGUGCCGGGACUGGAAUUUUGUCCUUGUUCUGUGCCAAAGCUGGAGCAGCCCAUGUUUAUGCAGUUGAGUGCUCAAACAUGGCUAACAUGGCGAAGGAAAUUGUUGAAUCUAACGGCAUGUCGGAUGUCGUAACGGUUUUAAAGGGAAAGAUCGAAGAGAUCGAGCUCCCAGUUAAGAAAGUGGAUGUAAUCAUUUCAGAGUGGAUGGGAUACUUUCUCUUGUUUGAAAACAUGUUGAACACUGUGUUGUACGCACGUGAUAAAUGGCUUGUCAAUGAUGGCAUUGUGCUACCCGAUAAAGCUUCCCUUUUUUUGACAGCCAUUGAGGACGCAGACUACAAAGAUGAUAAGAUUGAAUUUUGGAAUAAUGUAUAUGGCUUUGACAUGAGCUGCAUUAAGAGGCAAGCAAUCGCAGAACCUUUAGUUGACACCUGUGAUCAGAAUCAAAUUGUUACGAACUCCCAACUACUCAAGACGAUGGACAUCUCCAAGAUGACUUCUGGUGAUUGCUCGUUCACUGCUCCCUUCAAGCUGGUGGCAGAGCGCAACGAUUUCAUCCACGCAUUGGUUGCCUACUUUGAUGUAUCAUUCACCAAAUGCCAUAAAAUGAUGGGGUUCUCCACAGGCCCAAGAUCGAGGGCUACACAUUGGAAACAGACGGUGCUGUACUUGGAAGACGUAUUAACAAUAUGCGAAGGCGAAGUGCUCAGUGGAAGCAUGACAGUUGCCCAAAACAAGAAGAAUCCUAGAGACGUCGAUAUAACAGUCAAUCGGCAUUCGAUUCGUACUCCGUCGCUUGUGAGGCGUUCUCUGAACAUCGCCGUAGCCUGCGCCAGCUUCUCUAAUAGAGGCCAUCCUCCCCCUCUCCAUCUUUCUCCCUUCUUCUUCUUCUUUGCUCACGUUUUCUUUGCUAUUGUUCGUUUCUCCCCCCUCCUCCCCUUCUCGUCUCCUUUUGGUGUGGAUCAUCUUCUCAUGCUUGAAUUGAGUAUGGGGGAUUCUGGUUCGUGUGACGAUGGCCUGGUUGUGGAAAAGGAUCCGUCGGGUCGUUACGUUCGGUAUGAUGAGAUUUUGGGCAGAGGGGCAUUCAAGACUGUAUAUAAGGCAUUUGAUGAGGCUGACGGAAUAGAAGUUGCUUGGAACCAAAUGAGCAUUGAAGAUGCAUUACAGACACCGGAACAGUUGGAGAGGCUAUAUUCGGAGGUUCAUCUGCUGAAGUCACUGAAGCAUGAAAACAUCCUCAAGUCCUAUCACUCUUGGGUUGAUGACAAGAAUAGAACUAUCAACAUGAUUACGGAGUUGUUCACUUCUGGCAGUUUGAGGCAGUAUCGCAAGAAGCAUAAGAAUGUUGAAUUGAAGGCUAUAAAAAACUGGGCUAGACAGAUCCUUAGAGGUUUACACUAUUUGCACAGUCAAAGCCCUCCUAUCAUACAUCGUGAUUUGAAAUGUGACAAUGUGUUUGUCAAUGGGAACAAUGGGCAAGUUAAAAUUGGAGAUCUUGGAUUAGCUACUAUCAUGCAGCAGCCAACUGCUCGAAGUGUUAUAGGUACUCCUGAAUUCAUGGCUCCAGAGCUCUAUGAUGAAGAGUACACAGAACUUGUCGACAUCUAUUCUUUUGGCUUGUGCAUGCUCGAGAUGGUUACAUGUGAAUACCCAUACUGCGAAUGCAGAAAUCCUGCGCAGAUAUACAAGAAAGUUUCUUCAGGUGUAAAGCCAGCUUCCCUUGCUAAAGUUGAUAACCCUCAAGUUAAGGAGUUCAUAGAGAAGUGUUUAGUCCCAGCAUCUGCAAGACUGCCUGCUAUUGAACUGCUAAAAGACCCAUUUUUAGCAGCAUCAGUCAGUACAAAGGAAGCAGUUAUACCUUCUGAUUCUCUGGAAUUGUCAAGUCUGAUUCUCGGGCAAGGCAACUCACUUCAAUCAGAAUCAUUUCCCAUGGAAAUAGAUAUUCAUAGCAAGAAGUCGUCAUCAAAAACUUCUUGCAUCGAAAGCAUGAACGAAGCCAUGCAGCUCUCAACUCUAGAAGUUGAGAGGUGCACCGAGACAACUGGGUUCAGGUUAAGAGGGGAGAAGAAUGACAAGAAUACGAUUUCAAUGACUCUCCGCAUUGCUGAUUCAUAUGGACGGGCUAGGAACAUACACUUCUCCUAUUUUCUGGAUUCGGAUACUACUCUCACAAUAGCAGAGGAGAUGGUUGAACAACUUGAAUUGCCAAGUGAAGAUGUUGCUGUGAUUGCUGAGUUGAUCGAUAGCUUGAUAAUGAAGCUGCAUGGUGCUGCUAUGGUGCAGCAGAAUGGUUCUUUCGGUAGUAACAAUACUCAGCUGCUGUUCGACAAAGAUCAAGAAGAGGGCCGGGCGACAACAAUCAUUUCCGACAUCUCUAGCUCUGAGUUUUAUCUCACCACAGUGUCUUCCUCGGAUGAUUUCAUUAGCAACAACCAGCAACAACCUGUGAUGUUGUCUUCUUCUCCUGACUACUACGGCCUGGGACAGGAUGCAAAUGAAGAGUUCAUCAGCUCAGACUGUAUUGGUGUGAAUAAUAAUAAUAAUAUGAGCUGCUUGUCCAGCAUCUGCUCUCUGUCUCUUGGGGAAGAAGACAAGCAGCAGCAGCAGCAAGAAGGUGACGAGCUGCAGCUGGAACUGGCUGCAAUUGAUAUGCAGUACAGUAUGCUCUUCCAAGAACUGUCGAGGAUGCGGGAGGAAGCAAUGGAGAAUGCGAAAAUGAAGUGGAUGGCCAAGAAAAAAGUAGCUAGUGUUAUGUGAUUAUGAUUUGUAUUAGUUGUAGAUUGCUCCUUUAGUUCUUGUUUUGGUUUGAUUCUUUUUGUCCACAAAUCUUUGUUUGCAUCCAGUGAUUGAAUUUUAGUUGUGGCUGGGGCAAGUCAAAGAAAUUCUUUGUUUUUUUUCCCUCCACCUUUUGUCUUUUGUGGUGGCAUUUCAUUGUUCGUUGAGUUACCACUUGAUCAUUGAAUUCUACUGUCAGAUUUUUCUGUGUACAUAAAUGGAUUAUUUGCCAAGUAUGGCCCAAUUAUUCUUCAAAGAAAUUUUUGUUAUAUAAAGUAGUUGAGUUAUUCCGCAAA